UCUUUUUCUCCGCCAAAUCACUGAAUUAGCAAUUCCUCAGUACCUCUCUUGAUUGACUGAUUCACUUUUUUCUACAACGGGGAAUCAGGCGGAGUUCCGUCACAUGGGUCGCAGCUUCAGCGACGCCGCCGACUCCUCCGGUCCUUUCAGUGAAUGCAAUAGCGAUAGCUCCGGCGAGUUCUCGCUACCUGGAUCACCCUUAUCAGGAGGAUCCGGUAGCAGCAGAGCCGCCGCCCUCCAUCGCCUUCUUAUCUCCUGCUCUGCCGACAACUCCGAUGAGGUAAUCCUCGGUCUAAUCUCUGAUCUAGAAUCCCCAUCUGCUUCCAUCGACCUCCAGCGGAGCGCGGCCAUGGAGCUCCGCCUUCUCGCCAAGCACAACCAAGACAACCGGCUCAAAAUAGCCCGCGCCGGUGCUUUUCGCCCUCUCGUCUCUCUGCUCUCCCACUCAGAUCCAAUCCUCCAGGAGAACGGCGUCACCGCAAUCCUAAACCUCUCCCUCUGCGACGAGAAUAAAGAAAUGAUCGCCGCUGCCGGCGCCAUUAAACCCCUUGUCCGCGCCCUCAAGAACGGCACACCCGCUACCCGCGAGAACGCCGCUUGCGCUCUACUUCGACUUUCUCAAAUCGACGAUCACAAGAUCACCAUCGGUCUCUCCGGUGCUAUCCCCCCUCUCGUAAAUCUCCUUCAAACCGGCGGGCCUCGAGCAAAGAAGGACGCAUCCACCGCCCUUUACUCCCUCUGCUCCACAAGGGAGAACAAGAUUCGCGCCAUUCAUGCGGGAAUCGUUCGCCCUCUUCUCGAUCUAAUGGCCGAUCCCGACACAGGUAUGGUCGAUAAAGCCGCUUACGUCUUAUUUACCCUCGUGAGCGUGCCGGAGGGCCGCACGGCUACGGUGGAGGAGGACGGCAUCCCUGUUCUCGUUGAGAUCGUUGAAGUUGGAACCCAGCGGCAGAAGGAGAUCGCCGCUGCAACUCUUCUCGUCAUUUGCGAGGAGAAUGUUUUUUGCCGCCUUAUAGUCGCUCGCGAGGGCGCAAUUCCGCCGCUCGUCGCUCUCUCAGAGGCCGGCUCCUCCCGCGCCAAGCAGAAGGCGAUGGCCUUGGUGGAGCUUUUACGGCAACCAAGAGCAGCUGCGGCAGGCGGGGGCGGGGGACUUGUGCGGGCAUCAUCUGGGAUGCAGUAGAGGCCACGUGGCAUAUCUGAGGCAGCGACGUUGGAGCAAGCAUAAGCCGUAAAGCCGAUGCGUGGACUUUGUAAAUAUUUCACCGCGGCUUUUUUGGUUUUUUAAAUUUGUGGGGGUUGAAUUAUAGAAGAUGUGACCGAGAUUUCAAAAUUAGUUUUGUUCGACUGCUGAGAGUGUACAUUCUUAGAGGAAGUGACCUCAUUUCAGUGGAUGCCAGCCUUUUUUUCUUUUUUUUUAUUUUUAAUUUUUAAUAUUUUUGGAACUCUCGUUCUUGAAGCCAAAGCUCCAAGCACGGGGGAUGGAGCCUUCUGCAGAGUUUGUACUUGGUCAAAAUUUUG